AUGGGAAGAAUAAAGCCAAUGGCUCGGGGCCCAUGGUCCUUGGCAGAUUCGUAUGACUUCAUAUCCACCUUCCUCCAUGGAUCCAUAGCCCGCAGAUGUCCUUCGACCGCGAGCCCCAAUACCGUAACACAAGUUGGUAGACUGGCAUUCAGCACGUCACACUCAUCUCCCAGGCAUCGUAUCAGAUCUCGCAGAUCAGACAAACAAACAGGCCUGCAUCAGGAUGGACAGAAUAGAUGGUUCCACGACUACUUCACAACGCAUCUUCCCUCUUCAUCUCUCCAUCCUGAUUCUCGGUCGAGCGGCCCUCAUCACAAAUUGCCAAGAUCGGCCUCAACACCACAUACGCCCGGCUCAGGACCUUCUCCAGCUGCCGCUCCUCCAACCAUUGGAACAUCUAGAGAACUUACGGUUGUGCGAAUACCUUUACGAAGCGCAAAGCAUCAUUUCGGAGUUUCUGUUUCCCGUGGUACGAGACCUUACAAUGAAGAUACAUACCAGGCAGGAACGAUAGAGAUCCCAGCAUUUGCAAAGCGGGCUCCUAUAAGCCUAAAUCGGUCGAAUUCAAAAAGCAUCACAAGUGGUGGUACAUCGGCAGAUGGUGCGAGUGGAGAUCCACAAGUUUUCUAUUUUGGCGUGUUUGAUGGGCAUGGGGGAAAUGAGUGCAGCGAUUUUUUGAGGGAGGAGCUACACAAAUACAUCGAGUCGACAGCAGAAAUAUUUAAGCUUCCUUCAAGUUUGGACAAGAAGGCGAAAAUUCCCAGUUCGGGCACGUCUGUAGCAAGCAAAGAAGGGCAGGACGAUGGAUCAGGAACACCGAUCUCUCAGCAAAUUUCUAAUAAAAUUAAAGCAAUUGAGUUGGAAAAGUCACUUGUUUCAGAUUGGAAAAUAACAGUCGGUGGAUAUUUCCGCCGUUUCAAACCGGAAUACUUUGAUCUUCUUGAUUCUAUGGAAGGAGAGCCAAUAAGGAAACCUGUUUCGAUCGAAGCAGCCUUAAUGUAUGCUUUUUUGAAAGCAGAUUUAGAUUUUAUAUCAGCACAAGCCCGGAAACCUAGUCCGGAUGAUAAUAACACCGACUCGCCUUUGAAUGCGGAUGAAAUUCUAGGGGAGCCUGCGCGUUAUUCCUCUCCACAUCGUAUUGGAGGGCCUACGCGUUUUGUUGGCGGCUCGACUGCUUCAGUUGCUAUGAUAUCUACUCCAACUCCGACUCCUUUCUGGCAUCCAUCUUCUCCAUCGACACUGAUGGUCGCCCACGUUGGCGAUACUCGUAUAAUACUUUGUGAGACUUUGACCGGGUUGGCCAAACCGGUGACUACCAAUCAUCAUCCAAGUUCACCAGUUGAAGGAGGAAGACUAAGAAGAUAUGCUGCGACCUUUGUCACAGACUCUUUUGGUGAAGAGCGCAUGUCUGGAUUGGCUAAUACAAGAGCGUUCGGUGAUAUGCGUUCCAAGCGCAUAGGCGUUUCUGCCGAGCCGGAAAUUAGACGUGUAGAGAUAUCUCCAGCUGAAUACAGCUUUUUGGUCUUGGUUUCAGACGGUGUUAGCGGUACAUUGAGCGACCAAGAAAUCGUGGAUGUUGUGAAGGAGGCAAAAACACCAGAACAAGGGGCGAGAGAUAUUGUUAGCUUUUCCACGGAAGUGAGUAGGGAAGGAGAUAAUGCAACAUGCUUGGUUGUUAGGCUUGGGGGCUGGGAGAGAAGAAUUGAAGGCGGAAUGGGAAGUAUGGGGACUAAGGAGGUUAGGGAUUAUAAGAAAGGUGACGCGAUGGAUCCUAGGAGAGCUAGGACUUAG